AUGGCUACCCCUAGUGUCCUAGCUUUUGACGCUGAGGGUCGCGCCAUUGAUUUUGAGGUCUGGUUAGACGACCUGCAGCUGUUCUUACAGUGCGACAGGGCUGACGACCUUUCUCUCUUUGACCUCACCUCUGGCGCCUCUCCUGCUCCUGCUGCUGAUGCUGAUCCCGCUGUCCGCUCUAAGUGGGCCACCCGCGAUGCUGCUGCACGUCUUGCUGUGCGUCGCCACCUCCCUACCUCUGAGCGUGCGCACUUUAGUCAGUACAAGAGUGCUCAGACCUUGUACGACGCUGUAGUUGCGCGCUACUCCUCCCCUGCCACUGCUGCACUGAGCCGUCUCAUGCUUCCCUACCUCUUUCCUGACCUCUCUGCCUUUCCCACUGUCGCUGACCUCAUUACGCACCUCCGCACUAGUGACACUCGCUACCGCGCCGCCCUUCCUGCUGAGUUCUGCGCUAAGAACCCCCCCCCCAUGUACAUCGCUCUCUACUACGUAGUCGCGCGCCUCCCUGACUCCCUUCGCGUCGUCAGGGACCACUUUCUCGCAGUCUGUCCCACCACCCUCACCGUCGACGUCCUCGAGAAGGCCCUCCUCGCAGCGGAGAAGAGCAUAGUCGCUGUAGGUGCUUCUCGUGGUGACCCUCGCACCCCCAUCUUUGAGGGGUGCUCUCCUUCCCCCUUGCUGCCCUCUGUUGCCUCUGCUGCUGCUGCCGACCUGCUUGGUCUUGAGUCGGUCGGCGCGGCGUUUGCCCUUAGUGGGAGACGUCGCUCCAGCAAGGGCAAGGGGGGCAAGGGCGCGGGUGGAGCUGGAGGGGGCGGUGGCGGUGGCGGCGGUGGCGGCGGAGGGAGUGGGGGUGGCGGCGGGACUAGUGGUGGAGGUGGUGGUGGUGGUGGCAGCAGUGGCGGAGACGGUGGUGGUGGUGCCAGCGGUGGUGGUGGAGGCAGCGGCGGUGGUGGAGGCGGCGGAGGUGGAGGCGGUGGAGGCGGCAGCGGAGGAGGCGGUGGUGGUGGAGGAGGUGGAGCUGGUCGAGGUGGUACCCAGCAGCGUAGCGGCGGUGGUGGUGGCCAGCGCUCGCAUCGGCAGCAGCAGCAGCGCUCGCGGGACAUCCCCCCACCUCAGCAGCUUCGUGAGUGGGCUGGUGUAGCGAUCUUUGAUCUUGAUUUUGAUGCUAUCCUUGCUGCUAUGUAUGUUGUGGAUUAUAGUGAGGAGAAUGAGGGUUACCGUUGUUUCCGGCCCGACCCGGGCAUUGGUACUGCUGCGCUAGGUGCUUGUGAGGCUGCUGCUCUAGGUGCCAGUGCGUCUGUGCUCUCAAGUACUGGUGAGACUGCGCUCUCAGGUACUGCGUCGUCCUCGUCCUCCCUCACUUUCACACUUGACUCCGGAGCUUCUCGCUCCUUCUUUCGAGACCGCACUACCCUUACGCCGCUCGGCCGGCCGGUUGCGGUCUCCCUUGCUGACCCCUCUGGGGGUCCUGUCCUGUCUCACUUCUCCACUGUCCUCCCGUGUCCGGCUGCCCCUUCGGGCACCCUGUCGGGUCUGUACCUUCCCUCGUUCUCUACGAAUUUGGUGAGUGGAGCGGACCUGCAGGAUGUGGGGGUUCACCAGUUCACUCCUGCGAGUCAGCGGGUGACCCACUGCACGGAGGCACGCACAGGCCGACACCUGGCCACGUUCUCGCGUCGGCCGGGGUCGAGUCUCUACACCCUGACCGUUGAGUCUCCUCCUGUCCCUGCGUCUGGUCAGGUGGCUGCGUCGGGUCAGGUGCUUGCUGCUGCGUCCCGGUCAGGUCCUGAGUCUGCCCCCUGUUCUUGUCGCCUCCUGUCUCACGAGACUCUCCUGUGGCACCACCGUCUUGGCCACCCCUCCUUGCCCCGUCUUCGGAGCAUGGCUUCCCGUGUCCUUGUCUCUGGUCUUCCCCAGUCUCUCCCUCCUCUCCCCUCCGGGCCAGGACCUUCCUGUGUCCCCUGUGUCGAGGGUCGCCUCCGGGCUACUCCUCACUCCUCCCACUUCCCCCCGACAGAGGCUCCCCUGCAGACGCUUCACAUGGAUGUGUGGGGCCCAGCCCCCAUCCGUGGGCAGGGUUACGAGCGCUACUUCCUGUUGGUGGUUGACGACUACUCGCGUUACACCACAGUCCUCCCCUUGCGCAGCAAGGGUGCGGUCACUGAGGUGCUGAUCGACUGGAUCCGCGAGGCUCGUCUCCAGCUCAGGAAGAGCUUCGGCUCGGACUUUCCUGUUCUGCGUCUGCACUCUGACAGAGGCGGAGAGUUCUCUUCUCGCCUUCUGCGGGACUACUGUCGUGCACGGGGGAUCCGCCAGACCUUCACGCUUCCGGACUCACCACAGCAAAAUGGGAUUGCUGAGCGCCGCAUUGGUAUGGUCAUGGAUGUCGCUCGUACGUCCAUGAUGCAUGUGGCUGCCCCCCAUUUUCUGUGGCCGUUUGCGGUGAGGUACGCGGCGCAUCAGCUCAACCAUCACCCCCGGGUCUCUCGGCCUGCGAUGUCUAGGGUUUAG